AAAACUGUUGGAAAAAAUCAGUGGAAAAACAGUUUGUGGAUCGGCUGCAGGACGCGGAGGAGAGGAGACAGCUGAUGUUUACUUCGGAACAUAGAGGAUUUCUGUGUAGGGGAAAAAACAUGUGUGAGGAGGAAAUGAGGAUUUUUUAAGAGGGGCUGAACAACUUUUUAUCUCCAGGAACAAUAAACAUACUUGGGCGUCGUGAGUCAUGGGAAGCUUUAAGGGCCAUGCGCUCCCUGGAAGCUUCUUCCUGGUAGCCGGGAUCUGGUGGGCGGGGAAGUACUCAUUAUGGCACGCCACCCGCAGGAACAAGAACAUAGGAUCCACCCGGCUGGCCAGCAGAGCCUCGCAGCGCCGCCUGGAGAUCAUCGAAAGCUCUGUCGUACUCUUCUUCUCUUUUUUUGGGAUGCUGGCAGAGCAGUUUCUGGCGAACGGGCCGAAGCUCCAGCUGUAUGACUUUACAGAGAAACACUGGGAAGAUCUCAUGAACUGGCAGCAUGCCACCAUGUAUCUGUUCUUCGGCCUGGCUGGGACUGUGUCUCUGAUCAUCCACACCACCGAGGCUGCUCCACUGGCACUGGAUAGGUUAAUGCUGGCUAUUGCAUUUUUUAAUGAAGGAUUUCUUUUCCUCUACCACCUCCAUGGCAGGAGUAUGCUGGACGUCCACGUACAUCAGCUCCUUCUCUACGCCGUCUUUGGAGGUGCUCUUGUUGCCUUCCUGGAGGUCUUCCACCGAGGUAACAUCCUUCUGGAGCUGCUGCGCUGCACCUUCACUCUCCUGCAGGGAACCUGGUUCUGGGAGAUUGGUUUUGUGCUGUACCCUCCAAGUGGCAUUGAGUGGGACCUAAAGGAUCAUAACAACAUGAUGUUCAUCACCAUGUGUUACUCCUGGCACUUCGCCGUCGCCAUGCUCAUCGUGGGCGUGCUCUACUGCACUGUCAGCUGUGUCGUUCGCUCCAGACUCAGGAGGACUCCUCCGAUGGAAAUGGGACUUCUGAAGCCCAGAGAGAGAGACCCAGAGUCAGAAGACGAGAUCUUAUGAAGAGGACUGUUGUGACUCGUGUAUAUCACAUUUAAAUCAGGGAUAUGUUGUUUGCACUUCAUGCAGCCAUGCAGAUGCAAAAAGGAAUAAGGACAUGGUUUCUUGAUGCUUUACUUUAGAAAUAUAUCUCUACCUCUCUACCCUUAAUCAGCUGUAAACCCCCUUUAGCCUUACUCUUGUUGUUAAUUGCUAUUUAUUUUACUAUGGCCUAAUUCUUUUUACACACUCUGUCAUAUCUUUUGUUUCCUUAUUCAUUUACACACACAGUAUAAGUGAACAUGAACAUUUUUUUUAUAGAUUGCAUGAUUUUCAUUUGACUCAGACAUUUUGGUGUUCACUAGCGCCACCUCGUGGUCGAAGCAAUCACCAUCAUCAUGUCUUUUAAGUGUUUUACGUGCCUUUUUUUGUUGUUGUUUCACGUUAGGAGCUUGAGUGUGAGUCUUAACACAACUGCCAAAAACAUUGGAGUUUAUUAAAGUUGUUUAAAUGUUGAUUUUUGCUAUUUGACAUUAUUACAGAUUAUAUAAUGGUCACUGUUGUUGUUGUUGUUGUUGUUUAUGCAUGUUUUCUUCUUUGCAUUAUUUAUUCUGUGUGUCUGAAGGAACUGUAGGCACAGAAAUAUUUGUCAGUGGUACCUGAAUGUUUAUAACACUAACACUUUCUUCUCAUGUACUGUAGUUGGAGUAGAACUUAGUAAAGGUCCAAUAAGAUAUUCACUGUAUUAAAUGAUAAAAUGAA